CACUCAACAGGCUAAAACGCGUUUUUCCACUUUCACAUAUUGUAGGAAUCAUGUAUUUAUUACGUGCAAAUAUUUCAGUUUUGUUGAAAGUGCACAUUUCUCCCCAUAUUGGUAUGCCUAACUGUCAGAGUUAAUGAAUUGAAAUGUUCCCUUGGUUAGAGUUCCUUCAUAAUAAUGUCAUGUAACGGCUUCUGCAUGGCCUAUAUUUAAAUUGAACCUGUGCAUAAAUCGGACAAUAGCUCGUAUUUACAAGGUGCGAAUGUCCCCAUCACUUGGCGAUCAUGGAUGGUGUUCAAUCUUCCAUUGUGUUUUCCUCACAUGCUGAAUAGUAGGCAAUCCCAGGAACGAGACGGGGUCAAUCUGGCUAAUCCAACUUGUUUUGCUGAGAGGCAGCCAGCCAGCGGCCUGGAGCCAGCAGUCUGCCAGGGGUUAAGGGCCGACUCCCUCCCUCUCCUGUCCGAUCGUGCAGCCCGAUCUGUCCCCAGGUUGAUCAGCAUGACAAAGCACUGGGGGGGUCAGAGCAUGCUGGCACCACCCGCUCUCUACCUGCGCUCGCCGAGCCUGGAAGGCCACCAAGAUCAUCAACUUGACUUCCAGAUCCAUCCUCUGAGCAACACAGCGCGGAGCUCUCCAGCCCAACACUGGCCCUACUUCCCAAUCCAAGCGUCAGUCCAACAGUCUCCACGGCUCGAGAAGCCUGCCCCUGACCAAUUCAGCCUGGCCUCAGCGCCCAUGGAUAAAGCGACGCCGCUAGACCAGGAGCAAUCUUGGGACGAGGAGAAAAAUGCGAAAAAUGGAAAGAAAGAUGCGAAAAGUGGAAAGAAAAAAAACUAUCAGCGCUACCCCAAACCACCCUACUCCUACCUCGCAAUGAUUACCAUGGUCAUCCAAAACUCUCCAGAGAAGAAGCUUACUUUGUCUGAGAUUCUAAAGGAGAUUAGUACACUUUUCCCUUUUUUUGAAGGGAAAUACAAGGGCUGGCGGGACUCAGUGAGACACAACCUCUCUUCCUACGACUGCUUUGUUAAGGUAUUGAAGGAUCCUGGUAAGCCCCAGGGGAAGGGCAACUUCUGGGCUGUGGAGGAGAGCCUUGUGCCCCUGGAGCUCCUCAAGAGACAGAACACUGCCGUGUCGCGCCAGGAUGAGACCAUCUUCGCCCAGGACCUCGCCCCUUACAUCCUGCAUGGGCACCAACAUAAGCCAGAUGCAGAGCCCCCGGCCCCACCGCCACCAGUCACUGUUCUACCCCCAGGCCCACCUGUCACUGCUCUACCCCCAGGCCCACCUGUCACUGCUCUACUCCCUUUUCCCACCAGACAACACUCCUCCCUUCAGGAGGAGCUGUACCGGCCCAAGCUGGACUCGUCCUUUGCCAUUGACUCCCUCCUUCACAGCCUGAGGCCGGCCAGCGCUGCAGGAGAGCCUGGCAGGGACUGCUGGGGGGUGGAGUUCCACACUCGUCCACACCCUCGCCACUCCUCCACUGCCUGCAGCGCCUCAGCCAGCCCCGCCUCCUCCUCCUCCGAUGAGGACUGGAAGGGCGUGUCGCAGGGAGGGAAGCGGGUGCCUGAGGGAGAGGCGGGAUCAGAUGGGUACGAGGACUGCAGACUCCCUCCACACAAGUCUGCCCGCAGAGUCUCCGCCCCUCCCUGGGAGCUGCCCACCUCGUAUGCCAAGUACACACCGCCCAAUGCUGUGGCCCCGCCCAGCAUGCGGUUUAAUGGGGGCCCUCUGAUUCCACUAGGGAUGCCUCUGUAUGGCUAUGGGGGGUCUCCUGUCACAUCCAGUCAUUUUGUAGGUCAUGCCUACUGGCCCCUCUUACCCAGCGGUCGCCCUCCCCUCCUUAUGGACUUGGACGCUAUGCUCCAGUCAGUACCGCCCAAUAAGAGUGUGUUUGAUGUGCUGGGUCCACCCAAUCAGUCGUCUCACCAGCCUGCUGGUCAGUAUACCCUACAGAGUGGGCCCCCUCUCAGGUGUCAUCCUCAUUAUUGACUAUGACUGUCAAACCAGCACCAAAUAUAUUGUAAGUGCAAUGCAAGGAUACUACUGACCUAUUCGUUCGUAUAAGCUUAACCCUUGGCUAGAAAUGUGUCCACUCUAUCAAUUGGUCACUUCUAAUUGACAGGUCAUAGGAUUAAAUGUUUACAGAAGACAAUUGUACAUUCAAAUGUGCUGCUAACAUCUAACUCGACCAUACAACCACUGUUUACCUCCGUCUUAAUACAUGGAUUUAUUUUCACUAUUGUAUAUAUUCAUUUUCUUUUAAGAAUUCUCUUUGUUGCCUACCUCAACUAUUCAAUGUUUUUCAGUGGAAAAUGUCAUUUUUUCCCCUCCUGUCUUUAUGGUUGUAUUUAAGAUGUAAUUGUAAAACUGCACAUCAAGCCAGGUUAUGGAAAGGGCAUUAUUGAAAAAGUUGACUUGUCUUUUACAGGGUAUGACUUUUUUCCCAGUCUUGAGUGUCAAUGUAGGAAGAGGCAGGGUGCUGUUCAUUGCUCAUCCAAUGCCGAGAGCCUCAAGUAGGAAAACCAAGUGAGGUUUUCUAAACCUCAAAGUGAAGAGUGCGCUGUUUGUGUUUGUGCGUGGUGUGUUGGUCAUCUUGUCUCAUUGGUUUAGAGAGAAGUGGAUCACCCCCCUUUAACUCCAGUGAAGUCGUUUGUUCAGAUGGUGCAACCUAAAUUAAGUGUUUGUUCCUGACUUGAGUAAAGUUGUUAGCGUUAAUGGGUUCAGCGUUCCUUGUCAAAUACCUUGUAUUUUGUCCUUUAGAGCUGUGCCAGUGUUACAAGACAAUUGGAUCUUACCUUCUCGUCUCUAUUUGCAGUUGACAAAAGUUGAGCUUCAAUCCCCCAGCCAGCUCUAAAGGGCUUAUUUGUAUACUGUGAAGGAUAACUUCUAGACUGGAGUCAUGUCUACAAUUUGAUCCAUUUCACCCAUUUUUAAAAGAGCUAUUUAAAAGGUAAACAGUAUACAAAACUGGUGCUUGAGUAGUCGUUCCUGAUGCCCUAUGUCAGUCAGGGCUGUAGCUACCAGCCACUGUAUCAGUCAAUACAGUGUGGGUGAGUGCUCAGUGGUGACAUGGAGAGGCAGACUUGAUCGUUUGGGUGUGACCAACAUUUUUACCACAGGAAUUGUGAUUUUCUUGUCUUUGAUCCGCGGUCCCACUCCAACCAACCUCCUGCGGCUGGAACAGCAAUGCUCACUAUCUCUCAAUCUAGUCUCCAUGCAUGCUUGCCCAGAGCCUGUACCCCCCCCCCAGACCUCUCAGCCUCACCGCACCCAAACCCUCCUGCUGUCUCCUUAUCUCCCAGAACACCCUGUAAUUCAUAUUGGGGUCUGGGCUUUAGUUUGAGGGGAUACUAUAAACCUAGGCACCAUGCAAGGGUUUAGUGUUGUAACUGAGGCCUGUGAGCGCAAUCAAUGUACUCAUUCCCAUAGCUCACAGACCCGUCAUGACACAGGUUAUUUUGUGUAACAUGUCAUGUGGUGCUCUGAACACAGGGUGGCAGUGCAAGAACAGCAAACUAGAGGGGUCAGUCAUUUUGGCGUGUGUGUGAAUUUUGAUAACCACUUUCCUUGGUUCUCUGGGAGACUCGAUUGCAUACUCCUUGCUGCCUCAACGCAUUGGAUGAGCAAUGAGUUUUGAGAAGGAGAGUAUGCAAUUGAGAUGCUCCCUGUUGUCAGGGCUGUGCUCGAACUGCUACUGUAAAACCUCCUGAAUGUUUUAAAUGGUGUCAUUUUUCAAUAAAUAAAUGGUAAGCUUUCAAAUGUAUUCAAUUGGUAUCACAACUGCAUGUAUCCAUUUCCAAACUAGUUGUAUAAUCAUGGAAUGAAAGUCAAAGUUCCACACAAAACAAAUCCAAUGCAGCGAUUUACUGUAUCCAUCUGAUCCUAAGGUCGGCUAGUCUUCGUUACAUCAACAGAUUUCAAGAGUAAUGUUUCAAGUCUAGUUAGUUAACACCCUUGAAGCCAAACAACUGUAUAAUCUAGUGUUGCUUUUACAUCGUGUUUCUAAUCAGUUGUGGUGAGAGGCAGUAGACUAGAUGUCUACAGAUAGCUUUAACACACUGCCUAAGCUUAAAGGAAAAUACAACAAACGAUACUGUUGACACAGGUCAGGUUAACCCUUGACCUGAAUGAAUCUAGGCCUAAAGGUUUACUGUCUUCAGAGGAUUAAACUUGUUUCAUUAACUCCCCUACCGGUGAAACAAUUUCCAUGUUUGUCUCUGUG